AUGAGGAUCCUAUGCGUUGCAGAGAAGCCAAGUGCAUCAAAACAAAUUGCCGAGAUUCUAUCUCAACGCAGUUUUCGUACAGAAAGCACCAGCAAUCGAUAUAUCAAGAACUAUACAUUCGACUAUACCAUCAACAACCGCACCGCCAGCAUGGUCGUAACAGCACUCUUGGGCCACUUGACGGGUCUUGACUUUAACAAGGAGCAGUAUGGGUGGACCAAAUGCGAUCCUGAUACGCUAUUCCAUGCGCCAACCUAUCGAAAUGUAUUGCCUAAUCAAGAUACAAUUGCUGAGAACCUGAAACGCCAGGCUCGAAACGCCGAGGUGCUAUUCAUUUGGACGGAUUGUGAUCGUGAAGGCGAAGGCAUUGGUGCAGAGGUCAAAAACAUAUGCACAUCUGUCAAUCCACGAUUAGAAAUAUGGCGAGCUCGUUUUUCAUCAUUUCAGGGAGCUGCUAUUCAUCAAGCUGCACGAACACCGGAUCGAUUGGAUAUGCGAUUAGUGGAUGCUGUCAACACACGCGAAGAAUUGGAUUUGCGAAUUGGUGCUGCAUUUACUCGACUGCAAACCUUAAAGUUACAGCAUUAUUUGGCAGAUACAAGGCAGAUUUUGAGUUAUGGUAGCUGUCAAUUCCCUACGCUUGGUUUUGUGGUGGAUCGAUACAUGGCUAUACAAAAAUUUGUCCCAGAAGACUUUUGGCAAAUUGAUAUGGAGUACACCCAUCAUGAAAACGCAAUCCACGGUGCCGACAUGAUCAUCGAUGAAGGCGCUGGUAUGAAUGUGAACAAGAAAAAGGACGGCGACACGCACGUGGUGAAGUUUAAUUGGAAACGCAAUCGUUUGUUUGACUAUUGGGCGGCCUUUAUCCUAUAUGAAGCUUGCUACCAGAAUCCAUUGGCAACUGUAACGGCUGUUAGGAAGAAACAAAUAACGAAGCGUAAACCUCUUCCUUUGACAACCGUUGAACUUCAAAAGACCGCUAAUCGGAUGCUUCAUAUACCAAGUGACGUGAUCAUGACAAUCGCUGAAAGCUUAUACAAUCGUGGUCUUAUCAGUUAUCCGCGUACUGAAACCGAUGAGUUCGAUGACAAGUUUGAUUUUAUGAAGCACGUUCAAAUGCAAGUGAAUGAUCGGGAUUGGGGUCGCUAUGCACAGCUUAUUCGAGAUGGUGAAUUCGAGAGACCGAGAAAAGGAGGACACAAUGACAAGGCGCAUCCACCGAUUCAUCCAACGGGAUAUGAUCAAUCAUUGUCAGGCAACGACAAACGCGUAUACGAGUUUAUUGCAAGACGAUUUCUUGCAUGUUGCUGGAAGGAUGCUUUGGGCUUUGAGACGGUUGUGGAAGCACAAAUUACGACUGAGGACUUUGAUGCACGUGGUUUGAUCAUUCUUGAAAGGAACUUUCUCGAGGUGUAUACGUACGACAAAUGGAAAGGGAAUUAUCUACCCGAUUUCGAACAAGGAGACCAGUUUAUGCCAUCAUCAUUGUUGCUCAAUUCUGGUACCACCAGUGCACCUUCUUUGCUCAAGGAAUACGACCUUAUUGCUUUGAUGGAAAAGAAUGAAAUCGGCACGGAUGCCACGAUCGCCGACCAUAUCAAAAAGAUCCAAGAUCGCAUGUAUGCAUACAAAGAGAACGAGUAUUUCCACCCAACCACGCUUGGUAUUGCACUCAUUUUGGGAUAUGACGAGAUUGGCUUUGAGACAAGUUUAAGCAAGCCUUUUCUACGACGUGAGAUGGAGGCAGAUCUAAAAAGGAUAUGUCAAGGAACGAUAGAGAAAGCAAACGUGAUUCAGCAAAGUCUUGAGAAAUAUCGAUCAAUGUAUGGACGAACGCUCAACGAACUCAACAAGCUGGUUGCUUCAUUAAGGACACAUUAUCGACCGGAUCAAGAUUCUCGCAACCAUGCAAAUUCCAAUCAAGGCUCACCGAGUGGCUUCAACAGCAACAAUAGUGAUACAUCAUCUUCAACAUCAAGACGUGGCCGUGGAAGAGGCCGUGGAAGAGGAAGUAGAAGCUCUGGUAACACGAAUCGAGGAUCUCGUGGAGGAAGAGGACGAGGAUCUAACAGCAACAACCGAAGUCGUGGUCGUGGUCGCGGUGCCAACAACAGCAACCAGUAA